AGGGAGCCCAGCAGCCACUCGGGCUGGGUCCGGUGGAGGGCUUCAGCACAGCCCAAGCCAUCUUUCACCAAAGAGCUGGAGCACUGAGUCCCCUGGGUGCUGGUGUCCAAUCAUGAAACGCUAUUUCACGGAGCACAGGGUAGAACAGUCACCCACAGAUGGCACCAGCCUCAGCUUGGCCAGCCCGGAGUCCAUGGAAGAGGGCAUGGAAGUGUGCUGGUCAGGGGCCAUAAAAAGAGAGCAGACAUCUCCACGGCCCGGACCGGCCAUUCCCCAUGAGGAUGACGUCUACUUGGCCAGCAAGGCUCAGGCAAUGCUAAGCUGGAGCAGCUCUCUGUCCUCCCAGUCCUCCUCCGAGUACCAGUCCUACUCCCAGUACCAGUCUUGUUACUCCUGCGCAUACGACGACGCGGAUGCCGCCCAGCAGAGCGUGUGCGCCUUCUACACCCAUGUGCAGACCGUGCAGGGCGUGGCCGUGGCCUGGGAGACGGAGACGGGCUUCGAGCCGGUCAGCAGGAAGCCCCGCAUCCAUGAAGCUGAGUUCAUCAAGAGGCAGAGGAGGAAAGGCUCCUCCUUCGAGAUGGCUUCCAACACCGACCUGCGCUGGGAACUGGAAGCCAGCAAGAACGACUGCUGCCCAGAGGAGGAUGACCCGGAGCUGCUGGGGUCCCUCGAGUGCUGCUUGCAGGAGCUGCGGGACACCCCGGACUGGCUGGUCACCACGAACUAUGGGCUGCGCUGCGUGGCCUGCUGUCGGGUCUUCCCCACGUUGGAGGCUCUGCUCAAGCAUGCCCAGUAUGGCAUCCAGGAGGGCUUCAGCUGCCAGAUCUUUUUCGAGGAGAUGCUGGAGAGAAGGCGGGCCCGGGGCCAAGUUCAGGAGCAACAGCUGGAGGAGGAGGAACAGAGCCCUUUGGAAGGCAGUGAAUGUUCCAGGCCGCAUGCCAGGGUGCUUCCCUCGCGGCAGCAGAAGCAGUGAGCUGGAGGUGAUGGGCCCAGCCCUGCCCUCACCUCCGCCAUCUCGGUUGCUCCUUCCCCUGUCAGCAGGACCAGAACGACAGGAGCCGGGGGAUGAAAGCCAGCAGGAGCUAGAACUGGGCGGCCGUGACAAGGGAAGGGGAAGAUCCCCUCCAAAGGGCACAGCAUUUCAACCAAAGUCCAUUUCAAACCUGAAUCCAAAGAGGUGGGCUUCAAAUGUUUCUGACCAUGGGCAUGAGAUCUGAAACCUGCAAGCCUGUGGCCACAGGGAUUUCUAUUUUUGUUGGUAAAUCAAGCAGGUCAUGACUCAAAGGAGAGCCAACUGCAGAUGAAGCGUCAGCCCUAUAUUUUUCAUUGUUAGGAACCCACCAUAUGCCCUAGUUCUAUGUCUUAUUUUAGUGGGAUUAAACUUGAGUAACUCAGAAUUUAAGGCCAUGUCUAAAGGAGUGAACCAUGCUAUUAGGUUGGAGCCACAGGAAGUUGCCAUUUCUGUAGGUUACACACCAGCACAGACACCUGGAGACAGGCAGGUUACCAGAGGUAGAGAUGGGGUCUGGGUAAGUCCUGCUACCUGUGAGUUCACAUAGGUCAACCUUAUGUUUUAAAAUGUUGUUGCAAAAUUAGUUUGCACCCUGCUAUGUGCACCCUGCUAUGAAUGCAGCUCAGGCAGCUGCAUUCGUUCAAGAAAAUACAUGGAAGGCUCACUGUGGAUUAGGCUAAUGAAACAUACAGCCCAGCCUUCUAGUGAGAGGCAGAUAGAAUAGGCAAUUACAAGGCAAGGGACUGAAUCACACAAAAGAGGUUUGGGGAGCUCAGUGGAGGCCCCCCGCAAAACUCACAUUGGUUAAUGAGGAAGGAAGACUUUCCAAAAGAGGCUUGGAGGACAGGUAGAAUUAGUAAGACCAGGCCUCCUCAGUCUUGGUGCUGUUGACAUUUUGGGCUGAAUAAUUGUCUUUGUGUCAGGGAGGGUUGCCCUCUCCACUGUAGGAUGUUGGACAGCAUCCCUGGCCUCCACCCACCAGAUGCCAGUGGCACCCUCUUCUCUACAACUGCGACAAUCAAAAAUGUCCUGGAUAUUAACAAACAUUCCCUGGAGGGCAAAAUCACUGCUUGGUGGACAAUCACUGAGCUGGAUGAGAAUGUGGAUCUUAGAACAGGGAAUGGCACAAGAUGUUUGGGCAAUUGCCAGUGACUCAGUCUGGUUGGAAUGCUGGAGACAUUUCUCCCCUCAUGUGCUCCAUAAAGAUUUAGUACCUGCUAUGUGCCAGACACUGUACUGGGCAUGCAAAAAAACUGGUGAAUAGGCAUGCAUGGUUUCCUAUGGAGCUUAUGGCUGGUGGGCAAAAACAGACUCCAUAUAUACAUAUUUAGAAAUAACUAUGGAAGUACUCGUUUUAUGACCUCCAAGGGCCUCUAUGGCCCAACUUUGCUAAUUUCUCCAUCACCAUUUUAUAGCAUUCACUGUUUCACUCACUGUGCUCCACGCUCUCAUACCUCAGGGCCUUUGCACUUACUCUCUCCUCAAAGUGGAGUGCAAAUCCUUCUCUGUCACUCUUUUGGCUGACCCCUUGCUCAUCCUGUAGGUUUCAGUUUUGUUACUUUUUCAAAAGGGAUUUUCCCAAUUGUGCUAUCUUAGUGUAGGCCUCAUUCUAUUUGCAGAUGGUUUUAAAAAGAAAAGUAGCAUAAUCUAAUUCAUGUUUCAAAUUCAUUCUGGUUGUAUGUGAAAUAUGGACUGGUACAGUUAAAAGAAUAAGUAGGAGAUAAGAGGCUCUUGGAGAAGUUUGGACAAGGGACAAUGUAAUGUGGCUUGCAUAAGGCUUGUCACAAGCCAUGAGGGAGUGCAUGGAUGUAUUCAAGGCCUAUUUGGGGACUUGGGGAUGGGUGGAUGUGGGGUGGGGGAAAUGGGUUUGUCAAGGUAGACUUGCAGGUUCCUAGCAGGAGUAAAUGGUAGGUGGUGGUACAGUACCGGAUAUGGGAAACUUUAGAGGAAGGUUGGCUGUGUGUGUGUGUGCGGGUGAAAGUGCAUGUAUGAGUGUGUGAGUGUGUGUGUGUAUGUGUGUACAUGAGUACAAGUGUUUGCAUGUGGAUGUACAUAUCUAAGUGCCGAGGAUGGUGGGGGUUGAAGUCGAUUAGGACAAGGUCAAUUCUAAAUGCAAAUGACACAUCCAAGUACAAAUGUUGAGUGGUAAGUGGUGUAUGAUUUAGAACUCAGAAGAUCAGUCUGGAUUAGAAACAAAUUAGAAAGCUAACAGCACAUGAUGGUACCAUAUUUAAAACCACAACAGUGGGUGGCAGAGGUUAAGUAGGGAGCUGGGUGGAGUUACACUGAAAGAGUGUGGCCUGAGAAGGAAAGAGAAAUGGCGUGGGGGCUGCUUUUCUUAGGAGUUAUUUUCAAGGUCAACAAAACUUAAGAUUAUUUUGAGGAGGGAUGAGCAGUGUCAAAUGCGGGAGUAUAUGGGAGUGAGCUGAGGAUGAGACAUUUUCCAUUUCAUCUGGCACGUGGAGGUUGCUGAUGGCUUUGAUGGGAGCAGUCUCAGGCUGAGUGGGGCAGAGGCCAGAUGAGCACAGGCCAAUAGUGGACAUGAGGCCAACCACAGGGAACAAGCGUAAGACAACUCUGUUGGCAAGCUUUGUUUAAAAGGGGAGGCAACCAUGGCUGUAGCUGUACAAAAGGAAAUAAAAAAGAUGAAGAUAGGGGAGGGAGCAAGUUUACAUGCUAAUGAGAAUGAAUCAGUAGAAAGGAGGAGACAGAAUGCAAGAAAAAUGGGGAAAUCCUAGAACAGUGAAACAGGUGAGAGAGGACUGCAUCCUGAACAGAUAUCAAGAAAUGUGCCCUUGACAAGGACAUUUUUGUGUUCUCUGUUGCACUCAGAUGGACAGUAAGGUCAAGUAGGACUUAGGAGACAAGAUUAUAAAACUUGAAUUCCCACCCCUCCCCCAAACCUACAAAGAACACUUGAGGAAUUGUAAACAAGUCAGGUUUGCAUUUGCAAAAGAUUACUCCGGUGAGCAGGGUUGAAUGUGAAUGAGAGGGAGCAUUGCUGGCAAAAAGGAGUGCAGUUAAAGUAUUGAAGGCAGGAUGAGUUUGAGAUAUUCGAGAGAUGGAAAUGGUAGAUUUGGCUAGUGUUUGAUGAGGGUGGUGAGAAGAAGUUAUCUAGAGUGACUUCCAAAUUUUUCAACUGAGUGGCUGGAGAAUGUUGGAGCCAUGUCCAGAUAAUGGAAUAGCAAAGGAGAAGAUUUGCUGGAAUACUGCUGAGUCCACUUUUGAAUAAGCUCCAGCUUGUGAUAGAAACAUCCAGAGGGGAGUUAGAAGGAGCUGGAGCUUGGAAGAUUAUUACUUGGGUUGGCGAUUGCAGUCUUCUACGUAUAUGUAAUUAGCUAAGAACAUGAUGCCUUAUGUGGGCCUCGUGGGAUGCAUUUUCUCUGCUAGCCUCAGUGGAACAGGAAGCCAUGAGAUCAUCUUAGAAUGGACAUCAGCCCCAUUGAGGAUGGUAUCACCAAUUUUAAGAUGCCACAGAUUCACAGACUUUCUAAAUUCAUUAUGAAAGGAGCUGGAGGAGCUUUGAAAGGAUGCAGGGAUAGGACAAUGGCCCAACUUUGUCACGUUCUUCUUAGAAGGGCUAUUUGGUGUUUGAGGGAGGCUCAGUAGGCAGGUAGAAGCCAGAAAUAGUAGAGCAUUAGUGAGAACAUUUCAAUUUAGAAAUCAGUGUGUGAAGAAAAAUGAGGCAUGGCAUCUAUGUUCUGGAAUUUCAGCCUUUAAGACAAGUGUAGCCUUGAUAUUUUAAGGGUCAAGCAUCAUUCUAAAUAUUAAUAUUAAAUAUUAAGUCAUGUAAUGCUCUCCACAAUCUAAUGAGGUGAGUUCUAUGAUUAGUUUGAUAGGUGUGUAGACAAAGAUCUUGCCAAGGCUGUACAGCUGGUAUACAGCAGAGUCAGGUUUCACCCCUAGGCAGUGUGGUUUCAGAGCCUGUGCUGUAACCAUCACAUGGAGAAGAAAAUUUUAAUGUAAAGACAGAUGCAAGGUAUUUAGAAAAGCAAACAUGUCAACUCCACAGGUUGUAUUUUCUUUAGAUUAAGUAGCAGCAGCUGGAGAUCAGGGGAAAAUGAUGGGCGUUCAGAAUAAAUGAAAGAUGACAGAAACCUUGGGUAAGCAAACUUUUAAUGUAGAGAAUAACUUAAGCUGACACAUAUGGGGGAGGAAAGGAUAAAAUUGCUCUUAAAUGGUCACAUGUUCUUAAAGUAUAGCUUAAACUCAGCUGAGUUCAGUAUUCAUUUGUGGUUUAAACUCAUCACUUUGUAAAAACAUGGGACUGCCACCAAAUAAGGUAAGUAUCAGGGUGGGUAAGGAGAACUCCAGCAGAUUCAAGGGACCUCAAACAUUUUAAAUGUUUAACCACUUUAGACCUUUUGUUUUCCCAAACCAUAAAAAAAGAUGCAACUCAUUUUAUAACACUUAUGGAAACCUGAUAACAAUGCCUGACAAAGACGGCACUAAAAAAGUGAAUACAUCAGUAUCAUUUGUAAACAACAAAAUAAUAGCUAAUAGAAUUUUUUCAACUAGGAUGCCAAGAUAAUUCAAUGAGGGAAAGAAUCUUUUCAGCAAAUAGUGCUGGUACAAUUGGAUAUCUAUAUGCAAAAAAGUGAAGUUGGAUCCCUACCUCACACCAUAUGUAAACAUUAAAAUGAAAAAGACCUAAAUGUAGAAGUUAAAACUAUAAAGCUCUUAUAGGAAGACAAAGGUAUAAAUCUCUACAAUGUUGGGUCAGGCAAUGGUCUCUUAGAUAUGACACCAAAGCACAAGGAAACAGAAAAAUAUAAGUUUUUAUUUAAUAUCCUGGAAAUUACAACAAAUUCAAUAAGAACAUGAAACAUAAGGGACAGAAAAAUCUCUCCAUUUUUGGAAGAAGACAAUAUAGUUCCCUUGUAAGUGCAAAUGAAUUAACUUGAGAUCAUUAAAGAAGAAAGGGCUGAGACACAAGGUGGAUAUUGAAAGCUUUCUUGUGAAUUAGGUGUGGCUAAUUAGGAAAUAACAUAGACAAUGCUCCAUUCACUAGAUAGGCAGAUAUUAAUGUUAAGUGUUAUGAAAUGUCGAUGUGAUUACCUCUAGUUGAUUAUUGAUAAAUUUUGUUUUCUCUGUAAUGCACAUUAUUUUUAAAGUUUUCUAGAUGAGGAAGUGUGGCUUUUGUAGUAAAAGGAAACAUUUAAUCAUAUUUAAAUUAAAUGUGACUGAAUUUAAAUGUAAUUAAAAAACAAUUACUUCAGGUGAGAAGUGACCUUGGGGGCCUCCCCUGUCCACAUUUGUGGUCUACAAGCUUGAAGAACCCCAACUUCUAACAUCACACUCCUUGGUCCUUGCAAAUGACAUUAGCUUUCAUUCUAAGACUAAUUUGUAAUGGAGAAGGACCCAGCCAACUCAAGAGAGUUAUGUUAUAAAGCUCUUUUUGUGGUAUGUCCUUGUGACUUAUGGCGGUUGAUGAAAGCUCUGAGUGAGAGGGAGAUCUUGAAAGAGAACCAAGGUGGGAGCUCAGUUGAAGGAAGGAGUAAACACAGUGAAGCUGGGAAAGGAAUCAAGGGCCCUACAAACAGGGCCCUGAAGGGAGACCCAAAGGCUAUGCAAGAGGACAAAGGGAAAAGGAAGUUGGGGAAGGGAGACAAAAGGGUAGAGAGAGAGAGGAAUGGCAGAUAUUAAGGAAUACAUUGCGGAAUGUGACAUCACAAAGGGGGUCCAGGUCCGAGGCUGGUGGAAAAGGAUGAAGGUCCCAUCAAAGAUGGCGCUGAGGUGCUCAGUGAUGGAUGCUAUUAUGGGCUGAAUUGUGUACCUCCCAUUUUCAUGUGUUGAAGUCCUAACCCUAGAACCUCAUGAUGUGACCUUAUUUGGAGAUAAGGUCUUUAAGGAGGUAAUUACGGUAAAAUAAAGUUACAAGUGUGGGUUCUAAUCCAAUCUGACUGCUGUCUUUUAAAAAGAGUAGAUUAAAACACAGAUGUAAGAGCAUGUCAGGAAGACACAGGGAGAAGAUGGUCAUCUAGAAGCCAAGCAGAGAGUUUCAGAAAAACUGGUCCUACAGGCACUUGGAUCUCAGACUUCUGGCCUCCAUAAUUUUGAGAAAAGUAGUAUCUUGUUAGGCAGACCUAGGAAAUAAUUCAGAUGCUGACGAGAAACCAGAGACAGGAAGGCUGCAGCCAGAAAAGUCCAUGUUUCCAGUGGGGAGCCUUCUGGGUCCCAGGUCCUUAGAAGAGCAAGCACAGAAUGAGUGGUCAAUCAAGGUUUAUUGAUUUAAAUGCCCAGAAAGGCAUAAAUACAUUUGGGAACAAACCAGCUGACUUUGGACAAACACAGUGUGUCCUACCAGCCCCUAGGACUCUGAGGGCUUUGGGCAUCUGUCAGAGGGUUUGGCAGAAUGAAUUGGGUGCAUGAGUGCACAGUGGUGUGGGAAUUAAGAGAGGCCAGUGUGUUUUCUCUGAUUUUCUUCUAUGCCUCUAAUGCUUCCCACCCAGUGUAAUGGAGCUGAGGCCCCACCAGCAGAUGGGCUGGGCACAGGGAAAAUGGGGGCCUGGGUGUGCUGAGCUGUAGGGAAGAUGGAAUAAGCAGUUUAUUAAAAUACUACAUCUAGAGCUCAAAGCCUGGCAUCAGGAGCCAAACCCUGUGUGUCCAUGCACACAUGCGUGUGGGUAUGAGCUUGUGAGUGUGUGAGCCUGUGGUGCAUGCCACUCAGCUAAGGGCCCUGCUGUACUGGGCUUGGAGCAGAGCACAAGGACCUGGAGAGAAGGUCGGGGGGCAGGGUGGGCUGGAAACCAUGAACGUUAGGCUCUGUCAGCCUUCCUGAUGCCUCUCCCAGUGCUCACCCAGCACCGCAGACUGAGCUGCCUUCAGUCUUAGGAGAAGGGAGUGAGAAUGCUCCAUAGCAGUGUUUUCUCAAACUUGAGUAGUUUCCUUGCAAAGCACAGAACCUUCUUACACACCCGUGUUGGCUUAAAUUAUGGCUGCUGAAAAAAUUCACUCAAAUGUAAACAUUCAGAUUGAUAGUUGUUUACAAGUAUAAAAUAAACAUGCAUUUAUAAAUUAAAUACAGUGACAACAGCCAUAAAAACUCAAACUAACAGCACUGAUUUUAUGUGACUGUUGAGCUGUUUGUAAAAUCCACUUGCCUAUGGGACUCAAUGGGAGGCCGACUCCUCUGUGGGAGAUGGGUCCUCACUGUCAUGGGCAGAGACGACACGGUCUCCCAGUGUGGACACUAUGGAUACAUAAACUCAUCCACUUGAGGUGGUCCUGAUUGCCAGCCUAAUGCAAACUAGGGCGUAAGACUCGUGUGCCACCCGGGGUUUAAAAGGUACCCAGAUUAUCCACGUGCUUUAAAAUUUUUUAUAGAUCUGGGGCGCCUGGGUGGCUCAGUGGGUUAAGCCACUGCCUUUGGCUCAGGUCAU